GUUGAAUUCCCCAUGUCCCUCGCCAAAAAUUCAGCUUUUGCCACACUUUCCGGGAAGCUGAUACUUUUAUUGCCCAACGCAGCUCUCACGCUUUAGCAACGCCACAACGCCACAACGUCCUUUUAGUCCGCAAUGUCAGAGGCUGUCAUCUACCGCUAUCUCUCAUCAAAAGUGUCUCUCAGCGUCUUCACCACAAUACUGCGGCAGCUGGCUCGAUCUUGCUGACCCGCAACCUUCAAACUCCAUCAUCUUCAUCUCUCAUUGUCACCUUCUUCUGCCACCAUGUCGUCGCACAGCCAGGCUCUCAAAGUGGCACGGAUCAGCGAGAUUUCUUCCGAGGAGCGCGAAUGGGCCGCCAACAUCAAAGCUGCCGCCGAAGCGGCCGAAGACAUUCGCAAUGUUUCGGACAUGGAGUACGUCCAUCAGGCGAUCAUUGCCAAGGAUGAUGUGGACGGGGCGCUCAAGCGGCUUCGUGGCCUGCAGGAUUUUCGAGAUGAGUACAAGAUAAAAGAUACCGUGGAGCAAGGUAUCGAGCUGAUCAAGGGCUUUCUGCGACAACAAGAGGGAUUCUUGCUCACCAUCGACGUCGAUCGAGAAAAAGGACACUUUGUGUGGGUCUACGAUACUGCCAAAAUCGCACCGGAAAGAUGCGAUUAUCCCGACGACUGGCAGAUUUACUUGGGAGCCAUGUACUAUCAGAUGAAUGCCAUGCACUCCAAUAUGUUUGCAAUUCGAGAAGGGGUGGUACAUAUUGGAGAGUGCGAGGGCAUGUCACAAAAGAACUUCAACCUUACCCACAUUCGACGAAUAUUCUCCGACCUUUGUGAGCACUAUCCCUUUCAGCAUAAGGAACUGUCAUGGAUCAGGACUCCCUUGGCGGCCAAUCUUCUCUACUCCUUCAUGAGACCACUCAUGAGGUCCGAUGCUAGCUACAAAUUUCAAACGGGAUGCACGUUCAGUGGAUAUUCCGAUCGGCUCGAUGGCCUCUUUCAUUCCCCCUCAGCCGAAGUCUCGGAACGUUUCCUGUUACUCCGUAUUCAAGAGUAUCUGACGACACGGUAUUUCCUCGAAAAAAACUACAAACUGCCCGCCACCCCAACACCGGAGGAGGUUCUUUCACUGUCAGACUCUUCCAUAGAGAGUGAUUCGGAGGGUGAGGAUGAUCAGAACAUUUACACCACGGAUGAUGGGGGCGAAGAAGAAGACGAUGAGGAUGACGACGAUGAUUUAUGAAGACCGAUUGCUGGUGGUUUCGAUUUGGGACGUUGUUCCAAAUUCAAAUUCUGUUGCCAGUGAUAUCAUGCUCGACCUGCAAGCUUACUGUAUAUUAUAGUUACAUACAACUAACUGUUCCACUACUU